AUGCUGCUUGGUGGCUGCAAAAAGUAUUUUUUGCUCAGUCUUGUAACAUUGGAAGCAUCUGUUGUCCUUGGCCUAUGCGUCAGCGGUCUUCGGAGGAAUAUGCGAGCGUACAUCCACUUUUCGCGCCAGGGUGUUCAAACUUUUACAGAAAACUCUGAACUUGAAAGCCCUACCUAUGUUGCAUUCUUGAAAGGCUUGAAUUUCCUUCAGAAGAUGGAGCGCCUGUCCAAGAUAUGGACCCUGAUCCAAGCCACGGCUGACACUCUCCUUGAUAAAAUGAUAAAGGAGGGUUGUGAAAAGCCUAUAAUAUACGGGAUUCUGGGUGUGCCAAAAGAAGAUCUUGAACUCACCCAUUGUAACGCCGUCGGUAGCAAUGGAAGUUCCACCGCUGCAGCUGCAGCUAAUGCUAAUAAAGAGCUCCUGGACUACAUCGGCAACUUGGCUGAUAAACGACUUGAAAAUCCAGGAGAUGAUAUGAUUAGCAAGCUUGUUGUAGAACAGGUAAUACUUGUUUGGUAA